UGGAGGGGUCGACGUGUCUGCUGAAGCAGACGGCGCGAAGUCAAUUGGAACAGAGGACAACCAUUUGAAGCUAGGCAGAUGGCGGGGUGGACGGCGACGCGAACGGCGGUGUGGAAGUGGUCACGGAAGCUGCAAUGCAACCAGAGAAGCGAAGCAAAGGAAAGACCGACAAUUCCGGAGCCAAGGACGGUCGCGACAGCCAUGCGAGCACGAGAAGCAACCGGCCUAGCGGGUUAAGCGGGCGACGGUGGCAUGUUCGCGGCGGAUGAAGGUCUGCUUGGAGUUCGGAGGUGUUAGAGCGACGCGACGCACACACGCAGCGGCCUAGAGAAGGAGGACGAAGUUUGAAAUCCGGGUCCGGACCCGGAUUGGACCCGCGUUUCCUUGGUUCUGGGCCUGGAUCUGACCAAAAAAAGAACGAACGUAGUCGUCAAUGUACUCAAUUUAAGAGAAGGUUCACGUCCAAAAAAAAAAAAAAAAGAGAAGGUUUGAUUGGAAACCCUAGGGUUUUCUCUUUGCUGCAAACUCAGAGCAGGUGACUCUUACUCCUUCCACAUAUCCCCGGCGCCUGCGUCUUGCUCAGAGUUGUGAAGAUGUUCACAUCAAGGAAGAAAAUCCACAAAGACAAGGAUGCUGAGCCAACUGAGUUUGAAGAGUCAGUUGGGCAGGCAUUGUUUGAUCUUGAAAACACCAACCAGGAUCUUAAGAGUGACCUCAAGGAUUUAUAUAUCAAUUCCGCAGUUCAAGUUGAUGUUUCUGGGAAGAACCGCAAGGCUGUUGUUAUCCAUGUCCCUUACAGAUUGAGGAAAGGCUUCAGGAAGAUUCAUGUUAAGCUUGUUAGGGAGCUUGAGAAGAAGUUUAGCGGCAAGGAUGUAGUCUUGCUUGCCACCCGGAGGAUAGUGAGACCUCCAAAGAAGGGUUCUGCCGUUCAACGCCCCCGAACCCGCACCUUGACUGCUGUUCACGAGGCAAUGCUGGAGGACAUUGUAUUGCCUGCUGAGAUUGUUGGAAAGCGUGUGAGGUAUAGACUCGAUGGAUCCAAAGUUAUGAAGGUUUUCUUGGAUCCAAAGGAGCGAAACAACACGGAGUACAAGUUGGAGACCUUUUCUGCUGUGUACAGGAAGCUGUCUGGCAAAGAUGUCGUGUUCGAGUAUCCCAUAGCAGAGAAUUAGAUUCAGUGUUAGCUUGGAAUUUGUUUUGAGAAUUGCAUAUGAUUAAUGCUUGUUAAAAUUUUGCCUAGUUUUUUGCUUGAGCAUGUUUCUUCUCGAAUUACUGGUUUUUGACAAUGUAGUAUCUAAUUUUUAUGCUCCGAUAAAAGGUUUAAUUUAUUCGCAGGUGUUCAAUUUU